AUUACCCAUUACGUCUAUCAAAAUAGCUGAGUAUCUAUCAUAAGCGGAGCAGCAAAUAUAAGGCAAGGAGACGUAUCUAAAAUGAAGUGGUUUGUGUUUCUGAUCGUUCUCUUGACUUUCACAAGGGAUGUUCGCGCUCAGGAUGACGACGACAUGGGUGACGGUGCUUAUGGGGCUGAUGACGGAGGAGAUGAUGAAGGCUAUGAUGCACCCGCGGACGGCGACGAUGACGGCGGCUAUGAUUCACCUACUGAUGGAGACGAUGAUAUGGGAGGUGAUGAAAGUAGAGCGCGGCCGGAAUAUGUUUCCACAAUAGAACGCGACGAGGAACCGAACAACAGCGCUGGUGACGAUAACGCUGAACGGGUCGACAGCAGCCAGCGGGUGGCGCUUGCUGUCCUUCCUCAGCCCGCACUUGAGCCUACGUCGUUACCCACUCCUUUUGGGUCGGUUUCUUUGUUUCGCGCAAGAAUGCCUGCGGAUCACUCGAUGACUUCAUCUGAUGUCCAUCAUCGCGCUCGCCGAUCAAUCGCUUCUGGUAUGGCCGGCUCCGUUCUAAGUCGCUCAAAGCGAUCUGGUCAUCGUGAUGGUGGUGGUGGUGGUGGAGUUGUGGGACCCGUGCAUACCUACAUAAGGACUGAUUACGACGGUAACUACCGGUGGGGUGCUCGGCAUUACGUUGGCAGCUCGUACGGGCGCGGUCUCUGAUAGCCGUCAGCCGAUUCGGCGAAGCGCUCAGACAAAAAUAAGCUUAAACAGCUGUCGAAGUCGGAGCUUUGUAAAAGGGUUCUCAAAAGAAAAUGGGCUAAAAGAAGUAGCCAGUCUGCUCCUCACUCUUGAAAUCCAUAGUAAAGUGGUUUCCAAAGGCCCAAUCGUUUUUUAUAUGUAGAUGUAUUGGGGGAGAGUCCCAAAGAUAAAGAGAAUUUACUCCGAGGAGAUGAAAUUGUAUCUAAUCCUUCUUGAAUAUUUAGUGUUAUUUGAUGAAUGAGAGCAAAGUGAUAUCGUAUGUUUUAUUGUAUAGACGCUAUGAUAAUUAUGUUAGAUGGGGCAACAAUGUAUAGAUGGCCAUGUUACGAUGCUCACUUCACAAGGCAAAGUCCAAAUUUUCUACUUUGAAAAAUCGCUUGUCUACUUUUGUUUUUUCCGUCUACAUCAUGCUCUCUUGUGAUACAUAACGUAACAAUCUACGAUUAAUAUAUGAUGUGCUAUACAUUAUUACAUAAUGUACACACUUUGCAUUAGGGUCG